AACAGGAGGCCAAGGCGUGCACAAGGGAUAGAAGAUAGACUGGGGUUAUGAGCCGACGAGGGCAACACUUGGCAGCGGAUCCCCACUACCAGAUGUCGCGCUCGCAAGAAAAGCUGGAGCAGCAGCAGGCCAUUGUACAGCAGCUCCGCCUGGAGGCGAGUCUAGGGAGGCUGCCAGUUUCUAGAUGUAUUGAGGAAUUGAAGGCGCAUUGUCUCCAGCACCAAACACGCGACAUUCUGAUCACAGGGUUUGCUGACCAGAAAGAAAACCCAUUUGCAAAGGGCAAAAAUAAAGCGUGUGUUAUUCUAUGAUCCCAUGGCAGACGCCAUUACCUUGAACAAACGACGCAUUUAGUGUCGAAAUAGAAUCACAAACUAAGCAUGCGCUGUCCAGAAAGGAUAAAUAGACUGAAAGCCAGCUUCCAUCUGGUUUAAGAAAGAAAGAAUAACAGAUCCCGUUUCCGAAUGACGCACGGAUGCAUAUUGAAAAUUUACUGUUGAGGUUCCCAACUUUGUCAUACUUUUUUAUCAGUACAGUUCUAUUAAUUAUUAUUUUAUUUUAUGUCUUAAAGAUCUACUCAUACAGUCUGCUAUUUUUAAAAGGUGACAUUAUCCUACUGUUUUAGAGGUGUUUUAUAUACGACAUAGGCCUAUUCAUGUUGAACUAUCGACAUUAUAUGCACUGCAAAAAACGACCCAUGACUCAUA